AGUCUCACCAUCGCAUUUCGCUUCGGCAACAUUUCCACGGUUUGUUCUCGUUCUUCUUUCAUCUACACCAUCAUCACCACACUAUCUCUCCCUUCUUCCUUGUCUUCCAUCUCUUCUCAAAAGGAGGCAAUUGCUGCUUCCGCGUUACGCAUUCAUCGCCUCAACAAUCUGCACGCCACGUUGGGAUCACCCACCUUGCGUACUUCUCUCGCAGUCCUCCUCCAUCCUCACGCUGGCCACGGCCGCGGCGGCCCACCCCUCUCAGCAUGAUCUCGCACCUCUCACACCGGAGAAUACUGGUCCUGGCGGCAACAGCCUUCAUCCUCUUCAGCGUCUACCUCUGCGCCACGCGUCUCUCCGUCCAGUCCUUCGAACGAGAAAACAUGGCGCACGCGACACAACCUACCACCCAAGACGACCACCUCGAAGAAGACAAGAGCCCGGAAAUCCGACUCAAUAAGGCCGAUCUACCCAUGUCGUACGGCCAGUUCAAUCGACCCGAGUUCGAGGGCUUGAAAAUCAUCGAGGCCCUACCCGAACAGUACGUUCCCACGCCAGAAAAUGGCCGGCGAUUGAUCAUCAUUGGCGACAUUCACGGCAUGGACACCGAGCUUCAAGCACUCCUUGAAGAGGCCUCCUAUAACGGAACGAAUGACCACGUUAUUGCCGUGGGUGACAUGAUCAACAAAGGACCCGACUCCUCCGGCGUCGUGUCAAGACUCAUGUCCAUGAACGCCAGCGCCGUGCGUGGCAACCACGAAGACAGGAUCCUCCUCGCCCACAAUGCCAUUGAGGCGCAAUAUGGUGUCAGCAAAGAUCUCGAGACCCAACUCGAUCAGGAGCCAGAGGGGGAGCUGCGAGAUCUCGUGCUAGCCCGACACCUUAGCAAGGACCACAUCAAAUGGCUCAGCGAGCUGCCCGCUAUCCUCACUGUGGAUCAACUGGGCAUGUACAUUGUCCACGCCGGCCUCGUGCCCGGUGUGGAGCUGGAGAAGCAGGAUCCCUGGGCUGUCAUGAACAUGCGCACGCUGUCGUAUCCCCGGGAGGAAAUCCGCAAGAAGGAGGGCGAAGCGCCUCGACUCAACAAGAGGGAGGAGGAGGAGGAGGCUGAGGAUGCGCAGUCUCCUCCGGAUGACGAGGAUGAGGACAUGGAUACCUCGAUCAUUCCUUUUGACCGUCGCAUUGCCUUGCCCAGUGCCGGUCACAAGGGCGAUCGCUGGACUGAUGCCUGGAACACCCACCAGCGGCGCUUGCCCCGUCGCCUGCGGCGGACGGUGGUGUAUGGACACGACGCCAAGACUGGCUACAAGGAGUCAAAGUACACCUUUGGCCUCGACUCGGCGUGCGUCAAGGGUGAGGCACUGACCGCCCUCAUCGUUGAGGCGGCCCCUGGUGGGGGCUUCAAGCACAAGACGUUGCAGGUCCGAUGUCGCGAAUCGGAGGGCACCAGUGAGGAAUAGGGAUCCUUGCGACGAUGACCGACGGCUACAAACACUUGUAAUACUGACCGACUAGACGGCUGCAAAAUGGCGUUUGGUGGGCAAUCUGGAUUGGACAUUACUACUACUAGUACGGCGUUGGGCGGUACGAGGAUAUCAACUGGGAAUAA